CAACGUCCACGCACGUUAGCUCCCGUCCCGCCGUGCCUCGAACUCUGCUAGUUCACGCAGGAAAUGGGAGAUGUGAUGGCCAACGUUCCUCGCGCUCGAAGGGGGAAGAGAUGAUCCUGGCCGGUGUCUCGCAGCUCACGACCUCACGACUGUCAAGGUGCUCACGACAUCAAAGCAAGUCACUCUCGACCUCACGCCUCCCACACGACAGGCAGAGGAUGAACUCGACCACCCAUUGGCGCAACACGGUCGUCUCGUGGUAGCAGCGCCCGUAGCCAUGCCUCCUCCCCCCGCCCUCAAUCCCGCCUCUCCCUCCUUCCCGACCUUCCUCGACAUCGAUCCCUAUCCCGCCAGCCGCGAUGGCCGCCCGGGCUCCUCUCAUUCAACGGCCACCAGCAUGACCUCGGAGUUUGUGCCCUCCGAACACACCAGAGACAGUGGCCGACGCUCCGCAAGCGUACAAGAUGAGCCCGAGAACGUCCCCUCCUACACUGGGCCAGUGGGAGAGCCGGGUUUACCUCCGAGUCGACCGGCAACGAAAGGCCCCGAUGUCUACUCCCCUACCGGCGCAGUAACCACAGGAAAAGCCGCUUCGCGGCCCAACACAGGCACGAGUAAGACUCAUGUCCCCACCUUAGCGGCGCAAGCUUUCUUCCGCCCCAUGAGCAGCCAGAAGCUCCAGGCGCAGCGCAAUCAGAGUGUUCGUGGGACCACAGCGGAAGGACAGAGCCCGACAACGGAAGGCAAAAGUGCCGUUGCGAAGCAGCCACAGCACCAGCAGCACCGACACCGAUACAGCGAUGCUUCGGUCAACACCUUGAGGGAGCUGCAGGCGCUGCGCAGGGAACAAGAUGCUCCACCUCCCUUGCCGGUAAGCCGAGGCACGCAGGUGACAAGCGAUGGAGAGUACACGACCGGCAGUGUGACCAGUGCUACGCCGCUGCAGAAUUGGAAUGGGGUUCAGGGUGUGCGGACUGCGGAUGCUGGUGCUGCAAGGCUGGAUCCAGCGCAAUAUAAUGACCGAUCCAUGCCACCGCGCUCCACGAUUCAGGACGAACAGGAUCCUUCUUUGCAGGAGAAGGCCGAACCUCACUCUCAUCAGGCGAACGGGGCAGCACCUAUGUACGCCGCCCAAUCCUCCACCUCCUCUCCGACCAAAAGUGCCGGGAAGAACUACGAGUACUUCGCCGGAAACGCGCUGUUCUGCUUCGCCGGCCGGUGCAUCAACACCAAAGCCCAACCCCUCAGCCUCUUGACCCUCCUCUUGACCCUCGUCCCCUCUGCUCUCUUUGGCGCCUUCUCUGCUCCCUGGCUAUGGCGCCACAUCACCCCUGCCAUCCCCAUCAUCUUCGCCUACUCCUUCUUCCUCACCAUCUCCUCCUUCAUCCAUGCCGCCGUCUCCGACCCCGGCAUUCUCCCCCGCAACGUCCACCCGCACCCACCCAAUCCCGCCGAAGAGCAUGAGCCCCUAACCGUCGGCCCCACGAUGACCGAGUGGGUCAUGGUAAAGACCUUUCCGUCUUCCCGCGGCCCACAUUCCUCUCGAUCGACCGAUGCCGAGCACGGCGAGAACGGUGCACCAGGUCCGACGACCGCGAUGGAGGUGCCUACCAAGUACUGCAAGACGUGCCACAUCUGGCGCCCCGCCCGCGCCCACCACUGCCGCAUCUGCGACUCCUGCAUCGAGACGCAAGACCACCACUGCGUCUGGCUGAACAACUGCGUCGGCCGGCGCAACUACCGCUACUUCGUGGGCUACGUGGCAUUCGGCGCGCUGCUCGCGACGGAACUCCUCGUCUUCAGCCUCAUUCACGUCGUCUACUACGCCAAACAACACCACAUCUCCUUCGCCGCCUCCAUCACCGGCCACACCGCGCAGCGCGUCGGCUUCGCCAUGUUCCUCUACGCCAUCCUCGCCCUCUCCUACCCGGGCAGUCUCAGCGUGUACCACCUCUUCCUCAUCGGGCGCGGCGAGACGACGCGCGAGUACCUCAACAGCCACAAGUUCCCGCUCAAAGACCGGCACCGCCCCUUCACGCAAGCCAGCCGCUUCGCGAACUGGACGUCGGUACUCGUGCGACCGCGCCCGCCGAGCUACAUGCAGUUCAAGCGGCGGCAUCAGCCGGGGGAUUCGCGGCUGGGGUACGAGGUGCCGAAGGCGCAGAGGCGGAGGGAGAUGAAGGGGCGGUAUUCGGUGCGGGGGGCGAAUGGGAAGGCCCAGGCGAAUGGGGCGGUGGAGAUGAAGCAGUUUUCGUCUACGGCGCCGGGAGUCAGUGGGCCGGUGAAUCGGACACCGAGGUGAUGUCUCGAUAGGUUGCGUAUUCCCUUUUCUUCUUGGUGUAUUUCGUAGCGAGCAUGCUGCCGACUUUGGAGCGAGUGACAUGUGUAAGGUAGCGAUAGGAGGUCUGCUUCGAUGAGCGACUUUGUCUAAUAUUAAGCGUCUUGGUGACGCUCUAU